AUGAUACCGUGGUCGCUGCGACAGUUCAUGUCAUGGUUGUGGCUAUUAUUCCUUUUUGAGCUAUGCUGUGGGCAGGAAGCGUCCCUGAUCACUCUUGAUCCGGAGGGCUUCGAACAGCGUGCUCUCCAGCCAGGGGUGUUUGUCAUAAGUUUCUGCGUUCCUUGGUUCGAAAAAUGUAAAGCACUUCAUAAUGAGCUCGUCCUCGCUGCGGAGAGCUUGAGCAAGAGCUCGGAUGUCAGCAUAUAUGAAAUAGACUGCUUGGAGCACGAAAAGUUUUGCGCUUCCUUAGAUGUCUUGUCAUUUCCAACCAUCAGAACAUUUGAGCAUCAAAAAUGGUCGCGCUACCGAGGCCCGCAAAGGGCGACGCCACUCGUGACACAUGUCUUGAGGCAAGUUACAGAUUCACUCGUCGAAUUGGACGAGAAUCGAUUCGCCGUGAUGAAGAACUUGGACAUUCCGUUGAUGGUCCUAUCCCGGGCGGAAGAUGACGUCUCAUCUACUGCUCUCAUGACUUCUCUUGCCAGGGAAGAGCUAGCAAAAGAUUUCUUUGUUGGGGUCAUGUCCGACACCCAAUCCGAGAAGAAAAACUCAUUCAUCACGGUGUACAACGUUCGGGACGAAACAACCCCCAAAUACGACGGGCCGUUUGAAAAGGACGCCAUACUACAUUUUGCCGGUCUCGUUUCACAGCCCCUGAUUCGACAGUUCGACAUGUCAUCACUAGUCAGCUUUAUGAAGUCCGGCCUACCUAUCGGAAUGAUCUACUCGGCCAAGGAUGAUGAGCGACAGUCCCUAGCAGCAGCUCUAUCUGACGUAGCAAUGGGAUAUCGAGGGAAAGUCAAUUUUGCUACUGUCGACGCUAUCAAGAAUUCAUUCGCCUUGGAGCCAAUGGGACUAAAUACGGACGAGCUACCCGCUUUCGUUAUUCAAAUCAAUGACAAGAUCUACAAAUUUGGUCCCGGCUUGACCAUCACACCCAAGGCAAUCGAUGCGUUUCUCAAGCAAACAUUAUUUUCGGGGACAGGGCAGCCGGAUUGGCUAAUUGUGCAACCAACGUGA